UGACUCAGAGUGAUCUCCAGCAGCCAGCGGCCGAGAAACGGUGAACGGACGCGUCUAAACUGCUUCCCGUCGGAUGUUUAUGUAGAAAAGACACACACUUUCUGAAACAAUCUUAAUAGUUUUUGUUACCUAUUGAGUUAUGGACAUCCUCAAAGCAGAGAUCGCGAGGAAAAGAAAACACAUAGAGGAGAAAGAGCUGGUCGAUGACUCAAAGAAAUACUUUAAACGGGCUGACCUCGCGCGUAAGGAAGAGGAGGAGUAUUACAGGAGAUGUGGAUACAAGGUUUCUAAUGAGCAGCCUGUGAGACAGCUGGACAAGACUGAGGAGGAGGCACCUCCAUCUACAUCAUCCAAUCCUGUGUUAGAACUGGAGCUCACAGAGGAGAAGCUGCCAAUGACACUUUCCCGACAGGAGGUGAUCAGACGUCUGAGGGAACGUGGCGAGCCCAUCCGUCUGUUUGGGGAAUCCGAUUAUGAUGCUUUCCAGAGACUCCGGAAGAUUGAAAUUCUAGCACCAGAAGUAAACAAGGGUUUGAGGAAUGAUCUGAAGGCUGCCAUGGAUAAGAUCGAUCAGCAGUAUCUGAAUGAGAUUGUCGGUGGAGCAGAGGGUGCUGAACUGGACACACAACACGAUCUCAAAGUGCAUGAAGAAAAUACCACCAUUGAGGAGCUAGAGGCUUUGGGAGCGUCUCUUGGCACUGGUGAUGAUUUUAGAGACAUGGACAUCAUAAAUAAAGUUUUACGGUUCUUGCUAGGAGUGUGGGCUAAAGAUCUAAACAGCCGAGAGGACCAUGUGAAGCGUAGUGUCCAGGGCAAACUCGCCAGUGCCACCCAAAAACAGACUGAAUCUUAUUUGGAACCUCUGUUCAGAAAACUACGCAAGAAGAAUUUGCCAGCGGAUAUUAAGGAGUCCAUCACAGACAUCAUAAAGUUCAUGCUGGAGAGAGAAUAUGUUAAGGCAAAUGAUGCUUAUCUGCAGAUGGCUAUAGGAAAUGCUCCAUGGCCCAUCGGUGUGACUAUGGUGGGUAUCCACGCUCGUACUGGACGUGAGAAGAUCUUCUCCAAACACGUCGCCCAUGUGCUCAACGACGAGACCCAGAGGAAGUACAUUCAGGGGCUGAAAAGAUUGAUGACAAUCUGUCAGAAACAUUUCCCAACAGAUCCCUCAAAGUGUGUGGAGUACAACGCUCUGUGACGUACUAAUCACAGCAUUCAAAGUCAUGUCCUGUCAUAUUGAAUAAUGUAUGGCUGUCAAUCAUUCUCUCAUGUUGUAAAUAAAUGAUUUACUGUAAAUAUACACCAAUCUUGAG